GUCUCAGUUGAAACCCUCCCUGUUCGGAUCAAAAGCUUCAAUCCACGGGCUGCAUGCAUGACUAGCUAGAGUUUACCAAAAAAAAGUUGUUUGUUUUGUUUGAAAAUAGUGCACGUCUUCAAAGGUCUGCAGGGACGUUUUCUGAAAGGAUUACAAAAUGCAGAACUCGCCUCUUACUCUCACGGUCUUAGGACUAUCGUUGGCGUUCGGAUACAUAUGUGGUGAUUACGUCACAGUCGAUUUAGGCCAAAGCCAAGAGCUGAGGGGAUCCACGAAGACUUUACGAAAUGGAGCAGUUCUCACAAUCUUCAAAAAUAUACCCUUUGGGGCGUCAACGGCCGGUAAGUUGGCGUUUUCAUUGUUUUGCUUAGGAUAACAAUGUUUUAAAAAGUGUAUCUUGUUAUUGCAGUACAAAUAUUUUUCACUUACUAAAACACAUUGAAUCUCAAGGCCCAAAGAUGUCACUAAACGCAAAUUCAAUUUCCUUGACUGCAACAUAGAUAUUUAUAUUAUUUCAGCUCUUUCUCCAAGGGAGUGGGGAACAUAAUAAUAAUAUUUGAAAAUCACGCUUCAUCCCCAAAGGCUCGGUACAAAGUCAACCACAUUAAAAGAGAAAAAUAAAUCUAUAAUAUACCACAUUGAAAUACAAAACGCAACAAUUCAAAAACUGCAUACGAGACUACCCAUUUUAAGUCUUUCAUCCCUUGCAAACAUAAAAAAAAAACACAGGCCAAUAUACAUCUAGGAGAUAAUAGCCAGCUGGAAAGAUGGUAGACAGCAUCACCCCAGCAUGUGUUUGCGAAAUAAAUGUUUUUUUAAAUUCAGUUUUGAAAGACUCCAGUGUAUGGUUGUUUCUGAGAGCGACAGGAAGUGUGUUCUAAAUUGUUGGGCCGGCAAAUGCGAAAGUGCGCCUUCCAUAAGUCUCAAGGCGAACACAUGGAAUCGAGAGUUUGCCACUAUGGGAUGAGCGGAGUUGUCUAGUGGGUACAUAAGUCGUCAAGAGCGCUUUGAGAUAGGACGGCACCAGGUCAUGCAAGCAGCGGUAGCACAGAGUUGCAAUUUUGUACUCUAUGCGAGCGUGGACCAGCAGCCAAUGCAAAGCUCUCACAAGUGUUUUAGCAUGGUCAAAUUUGCGUUUGCGAAGAACAAUGCGAGCCGCAUUAUUCUGUGCUUUUUUAAUUUUAUCCAGGAGCGUAGCUGGAAGACCCACCAUGAGAGCAUUGAAGUAGUCCAUGCGUGAUAGCACGAAUGCAGACAUCAGUCUCUUUGUUGCAUCAAACAUAAGACAUGGGUGGGGCGUGGGACGAACAAGUAUGGGAACCACAGGUUUAAAUUCUUGGCUUCUUAAUAAGUAAUCGUUGCACUUGAGGGGAGGUAAUAAGAGAAAUACGGGGGAAAACUGCGUUUAGAUUUAAGAGAAGAUAAUAUAGGUUUUUGUUAAAUGACGGAAUAGUGUUAAACAAAAUCUUCCUUUAUAAAUACAGAUAACUUCCCCACUAUUUGUAUGAUAACAUCAUAAAAAUAAGUCAUAAAGCAGGGAUGUAGCAAGAGAUAAAGCAGGGAUGUAGCACGAGAUAAUGCAGGGAUGUAGCAAGAGAUAAAGCAGGGAUGUAGCAAGAGAUAAAGCAGGGAUGUAGCAAGAGAUAAAGCAGGGAUGUAGCAAGAGAUAAAGCAGGGAUGUAGCAAGAGAUAAAGCAGGGAUGUAGCAAGAGAUAAAGCAGGGAUGUAGCAAGAGAUAAAGCAGGGAUGUAGCAAGAGAUAAAGCAGGGAUGUAGCAAGAGAUAAAGCAGGGAUGUAGCAAGAGAUAAAACAGGGAUGUAGCAAGAGAUAAAGCAGGGAUGUAGCAAGAGAUAAAGCAGGGAUGUAGCAAGAGAUAAAACAGGGAUGUUGCAAGAGAUAAAGCAGGGAUGUAGCAAGAGAUAAAGCAGGGAUGUAGCAAGAGAUAAAGCAGGGAUGUAGCAAGAGAUAAAACAGGGAUGUAGCAAGAGAUAAAGCAGGGAUGUAGCCAGAGAUUUGGAUGCCCUGGACGGUCCUUCAUUUUGCUGAAAGGGAAAUCACAAAAUUUAUAAUAUAUAUAUAUAUAUAUGUAUAUAUAUAUAAAUAUGGCUUAUAAUUAUAUUAUAGUAUACGGUAUGACAUUUGAAAUGAACUGCCCAAAUGUCACCCUCCACCCUAUUCCUACGCUGAUAUUUAAAUAGCUAGGGGCAGGGGCAGAUGAAAGGGGUGCGGUCCACCCCCGGGCGGCACUCUUUUCUUUAUGUAAGGGGGGGGGGGUAUUUGAGGCCAAUUGCAGAGGUUUUUUAUAAUGGAAGGGGCGGCAAAAAUGUGGCUACACCACAGGUUUGAGGUGUGUAUUUUUGGGUGUCCAUUUUUUUUCAAUUUCGGCUCCAGAGGAAAACCUUUUUAAGCCUUGUUAAUUAAUGUGCAAUAUUGAACAACUGACUGGGUCCAGAAUCAAGGGUAUUUUAUUAUAAGGCUGGUUAAAUUGCAAGAUAUUUACAGUAAAACUAAACGUUCUUUGAUAUCUACAGGAUACAGCGUUAUAUUUUUUUAAAAAAAUCUCUUUUUAACAUCUGCAUAAGACAGGCGAUACUAAAAAUCCCCUCUCUUUAACUAACAUCUGCAUGAGACAGACGAUACUAAAAUCCCCUCUUUUUAACAGCUGCGUGAGACAAGCGAUGCUAAAAUUUACUUCUCUUUGACAUGUGUCGUAGACACGAUAAUAUUAAAAUUAUUUUCUCUUUAACAUCCUUGUGAGACAGGCGAUACUAAAAUGCUAUUGUCUUUGCAAUCUGCAGGAGACAAGCGCUUCGCAGCACCCGAAGAAGCCCCGGCAUGGACAGGGGUCAGGGACGCCUUGGCCUUCGGAGCGAGAUGCAUGCAGCCGAGUGACCCCGUGGACCACGCGACCUUUGAAUCAGAAGACUGCCUCAACCUGAACGUCUACAGCCCGGAUGUUAACGGAUCCCUUCCGGUCAUGGUGUUCAUCCACGGGGGAGGUUUCGACUCUGGCUCCGGGGCUUAUUUCCUGUACGAAAGUUCGACCCUCGCCGCCAGGGGCGUAGUCGUGGUCACCAUCAAUUACAGAUUGGGGGCUUUCGGCUUUCUGUCCACCGGCGACGAUGUCAUGGCAGGAAAUUUUGGAUUGUUGGACCAGGUCCUUGCCCUCAAGUGGGUGCAGAAGAACAUCGCCGCGUUCGGCGGUGAUCCUGAUGAGGUCACCAUUUUUGGUGAAAGCGCGGGAGCCGCCUGCGUGUCCCUGCACGUCCUCUCGCCCCUCUCUAAGGGUUUGUUCAAGAGAGCCAUCAUGGAAAGCGGGGCGGCUCUGAGUGCAUGGGCCGUGGAGAGGCCAACAACUCUGGUAAAACUUGCCACGUACGCCAAAGAAAUUGGAUCGCGCGUUGGCUGCCCGCAGACGGACUCGACCGGCUUGCUCACUUGUUUGAGGGGGGUCGACGCGCGGGCGCUGGUGAAUGCGAGUGAUGUCGUCCAGGAGGAUCUUGGGGUUUCCAUUCUAGCCAACCCACGCGUUGAAACCAAAUUCGGAUUCCUUCCCGAGUACCCGGAAGUCAUUUUAGAGAAGGGAAACUUCCAGAAGGUGGACACGCUAAGGGGCUACAACUCGGGCGAGUACUCGUUCGUUAUCAAAGAUAAAGACAACGACGGCAUCACGAGAGAUGAGUUCAUCGAGUUCUUCAUGCAGAUCUCUGAAAACUACGCCUUCGAAAACAGAAGCGUCGACGCACUCCGUUCCCUGGUCGAGGCCGAGUACCUCAAGCAAGAAACGAGUCCACUGGUUCUCAGAGAGUCCCUCAUUCGCGGGCUGACGGACUUGCUUUUCGCGGCCUCCGAAGUGCUCGAGCUGGACAAGCUGAUCGCGAAGGGAGACCCGACCUCGAAGCACUACUUGUACCAGCUGAACUACAUCGUCGAAUCGCUGCUCAACGUGCAGAGCUUCCUGCCGCACUGGAUGGGGGCCCCUCACACCGGGGAGCUCCCGUUGGUGUUCGUCGAUGACUCCGCCUUCGCCGCUCUGCUGUCCACGCAGGCGCAGAAGGACGUGGGCAAUCUGGUGCAGACGCUGUGGACCAACUUCGCCAAGUACGGCGAGCCCACCAGGAACGUGACCGGCAUCGACUGGAGGCCGUACUCCAGCGUUCAGCGCAACAUGCUCACCAUCGACGUGGCUUCCAAGGUCAGCUCGUACCCGAGCCCGCAGGUGAUUCCUCUGUAUGAAAACAUUUUGAGAGUCCUCUAGGGAUUUUAAGUGUGAACCCUGAGGUUCUAGGCUAGUUCAAAGGAGUCCCCCUGAUGGUCUUGUUUUCAACAGCAUAUGAGAGCUCUUGAUUUAUCAUUUUCAUUUGGGAGUGGAUUGCUCAUUAUUGAGUGGAAUGUAAUGACAAAAUAAAUGAUUUAAUACACUAAC